ACAUAAAUUCCCUCCCCUCCUCCCCUGCCCAGUCCCCAGUUGCAGCCUCGAGCAGCCCCAGCCAGAUUGCAGAGCAGAGGUGAACAGCAUGGCCAAAUGUGAGAAAUGUGGACCCGGCUAUCCCACGCCUCUGGAUGCCAUGAAAGGGCCCCGAGAAGAGCUUCUCUACCUGCCCUGUAUCUACAGGAACACGGGCACAGAGGCUCCUGACUACCUGGCCACCGUUGACGUGGACCCCAAGUCUCCUUCCUACAGCCAGGUGAUCCACAGGCUGCCAAUGCCGCACCUGAAGGACGAGCUCCAUCACUCCGGCUGGAACACCUGCAGCAGCUGUUUUGGCGACAGCAGCAAAUCCCGCACCAAGCUCAUCCUGCCCUGCCUCAUUUCCUCCCGCGUCUACGUGGUGGAUGUGGCCGCCGAACCCAGGGCCCCAAAGCUGCAUAAGGUGGUGGAGCCCACAGAAGUGAUGUCCAAAUGUGACCUGGCCUACCUGCACACCAGCCACUGCCUGCCCAGUGGGGAAGUGAUGAUCAGUGCCCUGGGGGAUGCGAAGGGCAAUGCUAAAGGAGGGUUUGUGCUGCUGGAUGGAGAGACAUUUGAGGUGAAGGGGACAUGGCAAAAGCCCGGAGGGGCUGCUCGAAUGGGCUACGACUUCUGGUACCAGCCUCGGCACAACGUCCUGAUCAGCUCCGAGUGGGCCGCCCCCAAUGUGUUCAAGGAUGGCUUCAAGCCUGCGGAUGUCUCUGCGGGGCUGUACGGGAGCCAGCUACAUGUUUGGGAUUGGCAGCGUCGGGAGCUUAUCCAGACUCUACAAUUGGAAGAUGGACUAAUCCCCUUGGAGAUCCGGUUCUUGCAUGACCCAGCUGCUUCUCAGGGCUUUGUGGGGUGUACCCUCAGCUCUAAUAUCCAGCGUUUCUACAAGACUGAGGGCGGGAAGUGGGCAGUUGAGAAGGUGAUCCAGGUGCCAUCCAAGAAAGUGGAGGGGUGGAUGCUGCCCGAUAUGCCAGGCCUGAUCACAGAUAUUCUCCUAUCGCUGGAUGAUCGGUUCCUCUAUUUCAGCAACUGGGUCCACGGCGAUCUGAGGCAGUACGACAUCUCAGAUCCCCGAAGGCCCCGCCUCGUGGGACAGAUAUUCAUUGGGGGCAGCAUUGUUCAGGGAGGCCCUGUGCGAGUCCUAGAGGAUAAGGAAUUGAAGUGUCAACCGGAGCCUCUGGUGGUCAAGGGUAAGAAGGUCCAGGGGGGUCCCCAGAUGAUCCAGCUCAGCUUGGAUGGACGGCGCCUCUACGUCACAACCUCCCUAUACAGUGUUUGGGAUAAGCAGUUCUACCCUGAUCUCAUUAAGGAGGGCUCUGUGAUGCUGCAGGUUGAUGUGGACACAGAAAAGGGGGGCCUGACACUGAACCCUGAUUUCCUGGUGGAUUUUGGGAAGGAACCUCUGGGCCCAGCCCUAGCCCAUGAGCUCCGCUACCCUGGGGGUGACUGUUCCUCUGACAUCUGGCUCUGAGCUGCCCCUGCCCUCCUUCGGAGCCCACACUCCUCAGGCUCUGCAGGUCUGGGCCUCUUGGCAGGGCCUUCUGACUUCCCUCCCCAUGGGGAGGGGAGAACCUGUCUGGAAUUUUGAGAAGCAGCUCCCUUUUUAGUCCCUGAUUGUAUUUGCUCAUCAUCUGCUAUUUUUAUAUGGUUUCUCGGUUAACCUCGAUGUUGCCAUGAUCUUCCCAUCUCCCUCCUCCCACUGGUGGUGGUUAUUAAGAAAUAAAUCAAAUACUUUCCCUUGAGUCUUUUAUAAUUGAGGGAGAUAGGCAUUUACAUGUAGAUGUAUAUUCCCAGCACAGCUGGCCUUUUUUGCUUAGGCUAAGAAAGCAUGCAAGAGUUUUAUGAGCUUGUAAACCCAACUCCACAUCCAUUACAUGUGUCUAGUUAGCCCGUGCGAUUAUAAUAUAGUGCUACAAUAUGAUAAAUAUGAAAAUACAUUUAAUAUGAUGUACAUAUAUAUCCUUUAUUAGACUGCUUGCUGCCACGGGGAGGAAGGAAGGAUGGGAGGGAGGGAGAAAAAUAGAAAUCAAAACCUUUAAAAUGCUAAAAAAUAAAAAAGAUUUUUUAAAGAAUGUAGUGCUCAUUGAUUAGAAAAAAGCAAAUUAAAACAACUCUGAGGUACCACCUCAGACUUCUCAGAUUGGCUAAGAUGACAGGAAAAGAUAAUGAUAAAUGUUGGAGGGGAUGUGGGAGAACUAGGACUCUAAUGCAUUAUUGGUGGAGUUGUGAAGUGAUCCAAACAUUCUGAAGAGCAAUUUGGAACUAUGCCCAAAGGGCUAUAAAACUAAACUAAAAACCCUUUGACCCAGCAGUUUCACCACUGGGUCUGUUUUCCAGAGAGAUCAUAAAAGAAGAGAAAGGCCCCACGUGUGCAAAAAUGUUUGUAGCACCUCUUUUUGUAGUGAUGAAGAAGUAGAAAAAGAGUAGAUGUCCAUCAGAUGGGGAAUGGCUGAACAAGCUGUGGUACAUGGAGGUAGUGGAAUAUUAUUGUUCUAUAAAAAAUGAUGAACAAGCUGAUUAUAAAAAGGCCUGGAAAGAUUUACACGAACUGAUGCUGAGAGAAACAAGCGGAACCAGGAAUGCAUUGUACACACUAAAAGCAAGAAUGUGAGAUGAUCAAUCAUGAAAGACUUGGUUCUUCUCAGUGUUCAGUGAUCCAAAGUAAUCCCAAUAGUCUUUGGACAGAAAAAGUCAUUUGCGUCCAGAGAAAGAACUAAGGAGACUGAAUAUAAAUCAUACAUGCUAUGUUCACUUCUUUUUUCUGUUUCUCUCUCCCAUGGUUUUUGCUCUGUGUUUUUUUCUCUCCAACAUGAUUCAUAAAAUAACAUGUAUUAAAAACAAAUAAACUUACUACAAUAAAAGAAAAAAAUGCAGUGCUAA